GCAAUUAAAAUGUUGGACAUAUUUCGCGGUCUGAAGAGUCUAAUAAAGGUCUCGCAUAUUCACAUUGACACGGCCGUAUUCCGUUUGCAUUACAGUUUAACAGUGAUAUUGUUGAUUGGCUUUUCAUUGAUUGUCACCACGCGGCAAUACGUUGGCAAUCCAAUUGACUGUAUUCACAGUAAAGACUUGCCCGAGGAUGUGCUCAACACCUAUUGUUGGAUUCACAGUACUUACACGAUUACCGCGGCUUACAAGAAGAAGGAAGGGUCGGAGGUGCCUUUCCCUGGGGUCGACAACUCCAAGCUUUAUGCGCGCAGCGAGAGGAAGGAGUAUAAGUACUAUCAGUGGGUCUGCUUCAUGCUCUUUAUACAGGCGAUACUUUUCUAUACGCCACGAUGGCUUUGGAAGGGUUGGGAGGGCGGCAAGAUUCACGCUCUUAUGAUGGACCUCGACAUUGGUCUCUGUUCCGAAGUGGAGAAAAAGCAGAAGAAGAAGAUGCUGUUGGAUUAUCUCUGGGAGAAUCUUCGCUAUCACAAUUGGUGGGCGUACAGAUAUUACCUCUGCGAGCUUCUUGCCCUGCUCAAUGUAAUCGGCCAGAUGUUCCUGAUGAAUCGAUUCUUCGAUGGUGCCUUCCUCACAUUUGGCAUUGACGUCCUGAGAUUUCUCGAGUCCGAUCAGGAGGAUCGCGUCGAUCCAAUGAUCUACGUCUUCCCAAGGAUGACCAAGUGCACAUUCUACAAAUAUGGUGUCAGCGGUGAGGUCGAGAGGCACGACGCCGUCUGCAUAUUGCCGCUGAAUGUCGUCAACGAGAAGAUCUACGUCUUCCUCUGGUUCUGGUUCCUCUUCCUCGGCAUCCUCAGUUUAUUGACUGUUAUUUAUAGGAUCAUCAUAAUAUUUUCGCCUCGAACGAGGGUACACCUUUUGAGAUUAAGGUUUCGUCUUGUACGACGAGAUGCAGUGGAGACAAUUGUUCGUCGGAGUAAAGUGGGAGAUUGGUUUCUCCUCUAUAUGCUCGGUGAAAAUUUGGACACCGUCAUAUAUAGAGACGUGAUGCACGAGUUGGCGAACAAACUUGCCUCCAGGCAUCAUCACAGUAUACCAGGAGUCAAGGGCGAGCUUCAAGAAGCCUGAUCGUUGUGAGACUCUGGGCUUAUCUUGGGCGGAUCGUCGACGGCAUGGCACUCUCAACGGGAGAGCUGGAGACUCGCACUCAAGGACACAAGAAUUAGAGGAUCCUCCGCGUGUACCGCGAGAGAGUCAACAGCUGUUGGCCUGUUGGAAUUCUCGUAUAAGAGUUCCUCAUCAUGAUAUACCAAAGGAACAAAACCAAAGGAAUGCGUACGAUCAAAGAGAAACGUUUUUCGCGUUAUAUACCGAUCGGAUCGACCCUUUUUCUAUUAUUAUAUAUAUAUACACUAUAUAUAUAGUUUCGAAUUGAAAAAGACGAUAAUUUUUUUUUUUUUUUUUUUUUUGUAUGUGCGACAAAUGGUAAAAAUUGUUUUUAUUUUCUGUAAUUAUAAAAUUGGUGACGGAUAUUUUUAAAGGAAGUAUUAAUUGCUUUUAUCUAUUAAAUCACUGCCUGUUUUUUUCUCUUUAAAUUAAGACGAAUGGAAAGAAAUUUUUUUUUUUAUUUUUUCAUAAGAGAAUUUUCUUUUUGCAAAAAAUUGAUCGAUGAU